AAGAGUUGAGUUCUAACCCCUCCUUUAGAAGAGAGAAAGGAAAAGGAAAAGGAAAAGGAAAAAGAAAAGAAAAGGAAUCACAACAAACCCGUCUCCCCUUCAUCCCUCCAACACCUCUCUCGCCACCCAAGAGAGUCUGCCCACAUUACGCAUUACCGUGGGCGGUGGGCUCUGCUCUGCUGUAUCAUCAUCACUGCCAGCCUGACCCAGCGAGCAUCAGUUGCGGUGGGCUCAACCGUCUCUCUCUGUGGCCCGUGUGACGUGGGGGAUAUGGCUGGAGCACUGUGCUGUACGGGAUAGGUUUUACUGACCGAAUAGUUACUACGGAGCCCUUCCUUUCACCGGGCGGUGGCCAGAAUGCACGGCCGUUUGACGGGAAAGGGGCAGGUGGAGGAUUACAGUGAGUUGGGCGGUACAAAACUUCAAGGUUCGUACAUUUUUCGUUUUAUUCGCACCUGCCACCUGCACUUUUUCUACUGCUAUAAUUUCCCUGCGCGUGUUUCGCGCGUGGUCAGUUCGUUUGGCUAUGCGGAUGAUGGAUUUUGUUUGGAGGAUAAUUUUUUCGAAGGCCGAGGGAACUCCUUUUUUUUUUCCGGCUAACGGUUACUAAUUGGUUGGAUCCUAUCGACGCUUAGACAAGGGCGAGCAUGGCUUUAAGAAAUUCAUUGAUAUUUAUAUUGAUGAGUUUAAGAACAACUUCAAACGAUGAUUAGACUGGCACUCUUACUCCGGGCUUUCCGCUUGCUUUUUAUAAUGGUUUAAUGGGAUGUUCUUAUUUCUAGUGCAUAUGCCCUACUGGUAUACUGUACUGUGCUGUGCGAUGCAGUAACUGUACAUAUUGUAUAACAUGCAGGGCUUGUGGGAGUCGGGCGUUUUGGAUCAUUAUCCGUUUGGAUGCUAUCUUUACCCGCACUGCACGAAACAUCUCUGCUCG